CCUGGAUGCCUCAUGACGGAAAAUGUUCGUCCUUCAUUAUCUCGCUCUGUUCGUCACGGCCGUCACAGUCUAGGUGUCGAAGCCCCUAGCCACCACCCAAGGCAGUCUGCCCUCGUCUAUUCUCGGUCCUCUUGAAGGUCAAGCUGGGUGGUCAUCCCUCGUCAUCAUCGGAGAUCGGAAGCAGACAAUGUCACGCCCAGUGAAAAUCCUCUCCCUUGACGGGGGUGGCAUCCGAGGCAUGUCAAGCUUGUACAUACUCGAACAGGUCAUGGAGAAGAUCAAGGCCCAGGCCCCGGGCGAGGAUCGCAAGCCUAGUGAAUAUUUCGAUCUAAUUGGAGGCACAAGCACGGGAGGCAUCAUCGCCAUCAUGCUCGGGAGGCUGGAUAUGGACGUCGGCGACUGUAUCACGGCUUACAAGGAUGUUGCUUCGAAAGCCUUCGUUCCCAAGACGUCGCCGUCGCGCCUGCUUAGCAGAAUUCCCGGCGUGCCCAAGGUCCCUGACCCUGAGGGAGAGUUCUCCGCCAGCGCCCUCGAAGACGCUAUCAAGCUCAUUAUAAGAAAGUACUGCAGAGAACCCACGUGUGUUCAGCUGAGCGAGGAGGACAAGGUGAAAAGAUGUCCCCAUAGCGACAAACCCUUUCGGGAUGGAUCCUGUCCCAAGACGGCCGUUCUGGCCAAGACCAAGGACAAUGUCGACGCACCCCCCACCGUGCUUAACACCUAUGAGCCAUCCGCGGAAUUCGCCCGCUGUACCAUUUGGCAAGUCGCCCGGGCCACGUCGGCAGCCACGACCUUUUUCAAGUCGAUCAAGCUCGGGCGCCUUGACAUGGAGUUCAUCGACGCCGGGUUCGGCAACAACAAUCCGUGCGACGUGCUCCUGGGCGAGGCCAAGCAGCUGUUCCCGGAUGCAACGACGUUCCAGAUCCUCAGCAUCGGCACGGGGCUGGGCCGGGUCGUGACGGUCAAGGGCAGGCGGUCGAUCCUGGAUGCCCUGGCCAAGAUGGUCGCCAGCUCGACCAAGGUGGCCCUGGACAUGGACCGGCAUUUCGCCGACAGCGGGCAGUACUUUAGGUUCAACGUCGACAAUGGCCUCCAGGACAUCACCCUGUCGGACUGGGAGAAGACCAGCAAGAUCGUCGCCCACACCCACAACUACCUCCUUACCCCGACGGUGGCGAGGAAGAUCACCGAGUGUGCCAGCAGACUCAUAGCAGCUACCGCGUGGCGUGAUGACAACUUGGCGGGGGACACUGUGGCCGGUGAAGGCGCUCCACAGGGCCAUCUACGCGCCGUUGAGACGGAUGGAAACCCGCCGGCUAGCAGACCGCCUACGGCUCCGGGUCUGGGAAGCGUCGAGUAAGGAGAUACAUUCCAGUUCCGUCGAGUCGCCGUCAGGAGAGGAGGGGGAGAAGGAGGUUGGGAUAGGCGCUGAUUUUGAAUCCAUGUAUUCUAGGCUACCAAUUCGAGAACGCGCUUCUCCUCGACCGGCUCGCGUGACGCCGUGGUCGAGACGCGACAUCUUCAUGGUCCCCCUAGCCGCGAACAACAACUACGUGCGCCGCGCGAAGCCCGAGGAAGACCUGUGCGGGAUCCUCCGUCCCAAAGACGACGGCCCAAGGGCGCCCAAACGAGCCGCCCUGUACGGGCUCGGCGGCUCGGGCAAGACGGAGGUCGCCGUGCGGUACGCCCAGG